AUGGGUGAAAGAGAUGAUGCACUGGGGCUAAGUUUGAGCUUGGGUUUAGGGUUUAAUCAAAAGGAGUCAUCUCCGAGGUUGAAUCCAAUGCCUUUUGCUUCUUAUUCAUCUUCUUCACACAUGCAUAUGCAGAGCAAUCAUAACCAUUCUCAAAAGAUUCAGAACAGUUGGACUCAUAUGUUUCAAUCUUCAGAGAGAAACUCCGAGGUGAGAUCGUUUCUCCGGGGAAUCGACGUGAACAGAGCUUCAUCGACGGUGGUUGCUGACUUGGAGGAAGACGCCGGAGUAUCGUCUCCGAACAGCACCGUCUCGAGCGUGAUGAGUGGGAAGAGAAACGAGCGAGAGCUAUUGGCUGCUGCGGCGGUGGGAAGAGGAGGAAGAGUGGAAGAUCACGAGGCUGAGAGAACUUCGUGCUCGCUCGGCGGUGGCGGUAGCGACGAUGAAGACGGUGGUGGAAAUGGAGACGAUGGUUCGAGGAAGAAACUCCGAUUGUCUAAAGAACAAGCUUUGGUUCUCGAGGAAACUUUUAAAGAACAUAGCACUCUCAAUCCGAAGCAAAAGAUGGCUUUGGCUAAGCAAUUGAAUCUGAGGACAAGGCAAGUUGAAGUGUGGUUCCAAAACCGAAGGGCAAGGACGAAGCUGAAGCAAACGGAAGUGGACUGUGAAUAUCUUAAAAGAUGUUGUGAGAAUCUAACCGAAGAGAAUCGGAGAUUGCAAAAGGAAGUGAGUGAGCUUAGGGCUUUAAAGCUAUCACCCCAUCUAUACAUGCACAUGAAACCUCCCACUACUCUCACAAUGUGUCCAUCUUGUGAGCGAGUCGCGGCAACAUCGUCAUCUUCAUCGGUGGGUCCUCCGUCGUCAUCGCGGAUGGGACCGAUGAGUCCGUGGGCUACGAUUCCUCUCCGGCAACGGCCUGCUGCUGGUUCUCAUUAG